GACCGCCACCAUGGCGACCUUGCUAGAUGAGAAGAAUCAGUGCGGACAGACGCUCCUGCGCAUGACCUCGCGAGGAAAUGCCAUCGUGGCUGAACUCCUGCGUCUGGCCGACAACGUACCAGAGCCGUACUUGUUGCGCAGCGCAUCCAGCCGGGCCAAGUAUGAGCAGAUUGUCCUCGACUUUGCCUACUUUCAGCGCAUUGAGUACUUUGAUAACAAGAUUGAUACCAACCCUGACCUUCAAGAUGUGGACGAGCAACUCCGUGCCAGCUACAUGCCCGUGCUCACCCGCUUCUACAACGCCUUUGAGAGCGUGUACAAAUAUGUCACUGACAUAAUCAAAUUCCUCGAAGACGUUGACGAGGGUGUCUACAUCUACCAGACCAUGGAAAAUAUUCUGGCUGACAAACACGGCAAACAACUCAUGGCCGAGAUGCUUUACCUGUAUGGCUGCAUGCUGCUCCUGGUUGACAUGCGCAUCCCCGGUCUCGUCCGCGAACGCAUGAUUGUCGCAUACCAACGGUACUGCCUGAAUGAAGCUGACAUGACCAACGUCGAGGCCGUCAUCAAACUCUUCCGCUCUACCGGCUACUCGCAUGCCCCCGGCGCCAAGCGACCAGCCAAAUAUCCAGAAGAGUACCUGGCCCGCGUGGAACUGCCUUCUUACUUUGUACAGAUGGUCAUCGGGCGCCUGCGAACGGAUGACAUCUAUCAGCAAAUGACCGUCUAUCCCGAACCCGAACACCGGAGUGCUGCUCUGGCUUCUCAAGCUGCCAUGCUUUACGUGAUUUUGUACUUCGAGCCCACGGCCCUGCACCGCGAGCCGGCCAAGAUGCGUGAGAUUGUCGAUAAGCACUUUCCUGACAAUUGGGUCAUCAACCUCUACAUGGGUACCAUUGUCAACCUGGCCGAGGCCUGGGAACCCUACAAGGCCGCUUCGGCCGCUUUGAACAACACGCUCGAGUCCAGCAACGUUCAAUUGCAAGCGGGACGCUACCUUGAAGCGCUACCCAAGCUCACCAAGCAAGCCGCCGGACUCUUGAAGGAGGGCGUGCUUGUAGAAGAAUAUGUCCUUGACAACACAUCAAAGUUGAUGCGCGUUAUGCGCAAGAUCAACGUGACCCUGCGCUGGCUGAUCCUGCACACGCACAACGACGCCCGCACGCAACAACACCGCCGCGUUCAAGCUGCUCGUGAAGAGAUUAUCAAACUCGGCUUUGAUGCCAAGCCAGUUUUUGAUCUGCUCUUGAGCUGUGCUCAGUACGAGUUUCUGCUCAAGGAAAUGUUCAAUAGUCUGCUCGAGCAAAAGCAAGAUCGCUGGGAUGGCUUGAAGAAGGAGGCGAGUGACCGCAUGAACGAGCUCUCGGAUGUCUUUGGCGGCACAACCCCGCUUACGCGUGUCGAGGUCAACACCCAACUGCGCGACUGGUUCAAGAACAUGGGCUCGCAGAUUGCUAGCCUCGAUUACAGUGACUCAACCGCUGCCGGUCGCAAGAUUAUGCAGCUCUUUCAAGCCUUGGAGGAGGUGCAAAGCUUCCACCAGCUUGAAUCGAGUCUGCAAGUGCGCCAAUUUCUCAAAGAAACGCAGUCCUCCUUGCAACAGAUGAUUCGCACCAUCAACAUCAAGGAUGAAUUCCUCAGUGUCAUCAGCGACGUGGCCGACCUGUCUUAUGCUUGGGAGAUUAUCGACAACUACACCGGCUACAUGCAAGCUGGCAUCAAGCAGGACCCCACGCUCGUGAUCAAGUUGCGUGCCACUUUCCUCAAGUUGGCCUCGGCGAUGGAACUGCCUGUCCUGCGCAUUCAUCAGGCGGACUCUCCCGAUCUCUUUUCCGUCUCGCAAUUUUAUUCAUCCGAGCUUGUCAGCUACGUGCGCCGCGUGUUGCAAAUUAUUCCACGUAGCAUGUUUGAAAUCUUGGCCAAGGUGAUUGCUAUCCGCACGCGGCAGCUCAAGGAAGUGCCGACGCGCCUCGAGAAGGACCAGCUCAAGGAGUAUGCGCAGCUUGAUUUGCGCUACGAAAUUGCCGAGCUGACCUAUCAAAUCUCGGUCUUCACCGAAGGCAUUCUCAUGAUGAAGUCCACCCUCGUGGGUGUGAUCAAGAUUGAUCCCAAGCAGUUGCUUGAGGAUGGUAUCCGCCGCGAGUUGGUCACACAAGUAGCUAGGGCUCUGGACGAAGUGGUGACCUUUGAGCAAGUGAAGGGCAAGAUGACUGACUUGCACGAAAUGCUUCAAGUGCUGCGCCACCGCAUGCUGGGCUUCCGCCGCUCUUUCGAGUAUAUCCAGGACUACGUGGACAUUUACGGGUUGCGCAUCUGGCAAGAAGAGGUGUCUCGCAUCGUCAAUUACAACGUGGAACAGGAGUGCAAUGCGUUCUUGCGGGAACAGAUUACAGACGAAGAAUCCAUCUACCAGAGUCGCGCGAUUCCCAUCCCCCGUUUUCAGCCACGGGACAACAUGUCCAUGAACUUUGUGGGGCGCCUGGCACGCGAACUCCUUCGUCUCACCAACCCAUCCACCACCCUUUACCUUGAGCGUAACACAACGUGGUAUGACAUCAAGACCAAGUCGGAAAUUGUGCAUGCCGACACCUUUCAGCGCCUGCUGGAGGCCCUUGAUACCUUUGGACUCGCAGGCCUUGACAAAUUGUUCUGCUUCAUGAUUGUGCACGAGUUGCAACGAUUUGAGCGCACCUGGCAGCGCCAACUAAAGCAGAUUGUGCCUGCUCUUAAGAGCUUGUCGACAACGCUGCAGCCCUUGGCUGCGCCGCCGGCCACAACAGCCGUCUACGCCACCGGCAUUCAGCAGCUGAGCAAAGUGUUCCCCUUUAUUGCCAAUGUGGUCUUCAAGGUGGGCCAUAUUCAGUUGCUGCGCCGCAUGAUUGCAACGCAGCUGAACAGUGCUGCCAAAUUCGAUGGCAAGCUACUUUUGGCGUCGGUCAAGUCUGUGAAUCAGGCUUUGUUGGCUGAAAUUGAAACCCACUACCGUGACCCCAGCAAGCCCUUCCCUGGUGGAGACACGCUGUUGCUGCCCGAGCUCUCGGCUUACUCCGAGGCCGUGGGUGUGGCUGACCCUCUGCAAAAGAUCUACGUCACCACAACCAAGCUGGAUGAGAUUGCUUCCCUGUUGUUUUUCUUUUCGUUAUCACAGCUGCAACGAUUUUCGUUUGCGCGCCAACUGGGCACGCUGGUAUCGCGGAAGCAGGGCGAUGACGUGGACGGAACUGUGUUCAUUGCGGGGCUGAUUACCCUGCUGCGACAGUUUCACGUAUCCCAUCAGCUUUCUUUCCAGGGCAUGUUCGCUCAGCAUGUCCGCGCGCAGAUCCAGACGGUGGAUCCGAAGAGCCCGACUCUAUCAGCGGAUGCCAUCAACUCUCUGGUGUUUUUGGAAGAAAUGGCACAAUACUGCAAGACGUCUCGUGCAACCUUGAUGACCAACUUACCUCCAUAUAUUGUGGAUGAGUUCCGUCGUCAGACACAGUAAAAGUCGUGUAGUUUGGAAGUAUCCUUGCCACGACAUGCCGUCUCUUGCCCAACGUUGCUUAGGACUAUUUGUUUUUGCUAUUCUCGUGUUUUGAAGAUGUAAGCCUCUGGUAAACAUGUGGCUAUCAUGGGGUGGUUUUUUUUUUUUCCUUGUUGUUCCCGCUUUUUUUUAUCGCGCUUUGUUUGCGAUUAGAUGGGUGGUUAGUCACACGCAAACUUCCUGGCAAUUUGCAAUUGAUUGAAGUCUG